GGAGCAAGAGGAAGCAUUCAGUAGCAAAGAGAAGUAGGAGGACCAGGAGGCGGAGGAGGAGGAGCAGGAGGGGAUUUGGAAAAAAUCCCGAUUUAAAGAGUUUAUCCAUUUGGACCAGGUGAAAAACAGCCGUCGUCGUGUUGGAGACAAACAGCAGCGAAUUUAACACAGCUAGUAACGCUGGAGAGGAACAACAACUGCUGGACUUGGACGCGACUGCCCUAAUGUCGCUGCCCAUGAACUCGCUGUAUUCCCUCACCUGGGGUGAUUACGGCACCAGUCUCGUGUCGGCGAUCCAGUUGUUGCGCUGCCAUGGCGACCUCGUCGAUUGCACGCUGGCCGCCGGCGGGCGUAGUUUUCCCGCCCACAAGAUUGUCCUCUGUGCCGCGUCGCCGUUCCUACUGGACUUGCUGAAGAACACCCCAUGCAAGCACCCAGUAGUGAUGUUGGCCGGCGUGAAUGCCAACGAUCUGGAGGCGUUGCUGGAGUUCGUCUACCGCGGUGAGGUGAGCGUUGACCAUGCUCAGCUACCCUCACUGCUGCAGGCUGCCCAGUGUCUGAACAUCCAGGGACUGGCGCCGCAGACGGUGACCAAGGACGACUACACCACGCACUCGAUACAACUACAGCACAUGAUACCGCAACACCAUGACCAGGACCAACUGAUUGCCACGAUUGCCACGGCCCCCCAGCAGACGGUGCACGCCCAGGUGGUGGAGGACAUCCAUCAUCAGGGACAGAUUCUACAGACGACCACCCAGACCAAUGCAGCCGGACAACAGCAAACGAUUGUGACCACAGAUGCGGCUAAACACGACCAGGCAGUGAUUCAGGCUUUCCUACCGGCACGCAAGCGCAAGCCACGUGUUAAGAAAAUGUCACCUACGGCUUCGAAAAUCAGCAAAGUUGACGGAAUGGAUACGAUUAUGGGCACACCGACUUCUUCACACGGAUCGGGACAGGUUCUGGGCGAGAACGGAGCCGAGGGACAACUACUGACAUCCACACCGAUCAUCAAGAGCGAAGGACAAAAGGUAGAAACGAUUGUGACCAUGGACCCCAAUAACAUGAUACCGGUAACGUCAGCCAAUGCGGCAACUGGCGAGAUAACAACGGCGCAAGGAAGCACAAGCUCUGGCGGCAAUACGAGCGGCGUAUCAUCCACUCCGAAGGCCAAACGAACCAAACAUCCGCCCGGAACAGAAAAGCCACGAUCACGAUCACAAUCGGAACAACCUGCUACUUGCCCCAUUUGUUAUGCUGUCAUUCGUCAAUCCAGGAAUCUGCGGCGCCAUCUCGAGCUGCGGCACUUUGCCAAACCAGGCGUUAAAAAGGAGAAGAAAAGUAAGUCCGGUAACGAUACUACACUAGACACCAGCGCAGAGAUGAAUACCACCGCUGAGGGCGACACUACAGUGAGCGAAACGGGAACUGGAUCGCAAUCGGGCACAACGCCAACGAGACAACAGCAACUGCAACAACAGCAGCAGCAGCAACAGCAACAACAACACAUGACACAAACAACAUUAGCGGGUGGAGGACAGCAGACAACAUACAUCAAACACGAGGGAGGAAGCGGGGGCGGUUCUGGGCAGCAGCAGCAGCAACAGCAGCAGCAGGGCAUGCAGAAUGUCAUACAUAUUGUGGGCGAUCAGGUCUUUAUGCCGCAGCAGCAACAGCCGCAAUCGCAGUAGCUGCCACCUGCUGAGCUGAGCCGAGCCUUCAAUCAUUCCAACGCCACCAAUCAUCCAAACAAACAAACACACACACACAUUUCCAAAACACACCUUCGUAUACACACACCCAAAAUAUUUGUAAAUAACAAUCAAGCAAGCAAACAAACAAACAAACAAAUUCCCCGUGAUCUGAUCGAAUGAUUUACGUGUUCAUUACCUGUAUCAUUUUUUAUAAUUUUUUUCAUAAUUAAUUGCUGCGUAAGUUUUUCAUUUGCAAGAAUUUAAUUGAAAUUUGUCGCUUUUUGCAAAAUAACACUAUAUUAUGCAGUAUUUUCUUGCAUAUUGUACUACAGAGACAUACAGAGAGAGAAAAAAAAAAACAAAACAAUCGCUAAAAUCUAAUUCGCUAAUAUCCACGUUAAUUAAUACUCGACUUAUUUACUUAAAUAAUCUAAUUAGUGUCGCAAAUAAUUUUUGUAAAAAUUAAAUGUACAAUUACUUCAAUCGAGGAUCGCAAAUCGGUUUAAGUUUCUCUAUUUAAACAUUAUAUUACAAAUUGUUUAAUAAAAUAUUAUAUAUUUUUUUAUAUAACAAAAAACAAAAUUAA